CAGUGUGGAUGCGAAUGUCGUCCCGCAUGCGGGGUGGUUCAAGGAAGGGCUUUUUAAAAACCCUGGUGACGACUGUGGACUGAUAUUUUUUCAAGAGUUCGGUGACAUCUACGUGACUUCCUCUACCGUCAUCCCUAGCGCGAGUGAUGGGUGGCGGUUUUUAUAAAAGUUUUUUCGCAGCGUUUACAUAGACCACGUUAAUACGACCUCAUUACAGUAAUUGACGAAGCUGACUUUUUUUUUUUUUAAAUAUAAUACACGGGACAUCGUUCUACAAAGACACAGUUCUCUUUCGGUAAAUUAGGAAGAAGAAUUAGGAAGUAUGUCACCGACCGGUUACUUUUUGUGCUUGCUGCUGGUAUGGCAAGGCUGCGACGCCACGAUGGACAUGAGUUACGACGUUAACGAGGACAUCCUUGACAUAGACGUUGCCCUGGGCCUCGACACGGGAGUGGGGAUCAGAUGCGUCGAAGGCAGUCCGAAGGGGGAGGAUCUUCAGGAGUACUGCCGACCGCUCACGCCCCAGGAGAGGCUUCGCCUGAACCGGACGGCUUCAGAUCUUGUCGUGUUGACCGUAACAAGGCACCAAAAAGAUGGCCUUAAUAGAUUCCUCAGGUCAGCUAAAGUCUACAAUUACAAAGUUCAGGUGCUGGGCGAAGAUGAAAAGGAGCUGACUGAGGAGAAGACACUGCAGUUGGUGAAAGAUGCUUUGAAAAGUUUCAGUGAUGAUCCCGAGAAGUUGGUUCUUUACACUGAAAGUGCUGACGCUAUCUUGUCAGCGGGUCCUGUCCGCGUCGUGGAAGAAUUUGAGAGAUCGAAAAGCAACAUUCUCGUGUCAGCCGAUGGGUUCUGCUGGCCAGACAGAACUCUUGAGGCCAAGUUCCCAAAAGUCAUGAGGGGCAAAAAGUUCCUAAAUUCUGGGGGUUUUAUUGGACGAGCUGGUAUUCUCAACAAGCUAUUUUCCGAUUACCCAGAAGAGAAAUCGCUCCAGAUGCUGUUCAUCAACACUUACAUCAAAGAAGCCGCCAGGGACAAGUACAAUUUGAAUGUUGAUCACAUGUCCAACCUCUUCCAGAACCUGAAUGGAGCCACAGGUGAUGUGGAACUCAGGUUUGCAGGCAAAGAUGCAUAUCUACAGAACACCCUUUAUAACUCGGUUCCUAUAGUCAUUAGAGGAAACAGCCACUCAAACCUAAUACUACAUACUCUUGGAGGUUACCUCGGUCGAGCUUGGAACCCUGAGGAAGGAUGCAAGUCUUGCUGGGACGACAUGAUUACCGUCGACUUGGCGGACGAGGCCUCAGUACCAAAAGUGACUUUGGCAGUUUUCAUUGAGAAACCAACUCCUUUCCUUGAAGAAUUCUUCCACAAGAUUAACGCUCUCACAUACCCAAGAUCUAAAGUGAAUCUCUACGUUCACAAUAGUGUCGAAUUCCAUAACAAGAUGGUGUCCGGUUGGAUUGAGACAGUGAAACCUGAGUAUGCUUCGGUGAAAUAUGUCUCAGUAGAUGAAAAUGUUAAGGAGUGGCAUGCACGGAAUUCUGCCAUAGAUCACUGCCUGGAAAAUGAUUGCCAGUACUACUUCAGCAUUGAUUCCGAGGCUCAUAUUGACAAUCCUUACACUCUCAAAUUAUUGAUUGAACAGAACAGGGACAUCAUUGCUCCACUGCUAAUCCGUCCAUACAAAGCAUGGAGCAACUUUUGGGGAGCAAUCACAAACGACGGCUUCUACGCCAGGUCGCUGGACUACAUGGAGAUCGUCCAAGCACAGAGAAGGGGUCUAUGGAAUGUCCCUUACGUCACAUCGAGUUAUCUUCUCAAGCGCUCACUUCUUGACAACGAAGACACUAAGCCAUCUUUCAUUAAGAACCUCUUAGAUCCUGACAUGGCUUUCUGUGAAAACAUGAGAGAAAAGGGAGUCUUCAUGUACGUCAGUAACAGACUUGACUUCGGUCACCUGGUCAGCUCGGAAAAGUUUGACCCUACCCGAAUGAAUGGCGAACUGUGGGAGGUAUUUGAGAAUCGGUGGGACUGGGAGCUACGCUACCUGCAUACAAAUUACUCCAAUGCCGUUUCCCCGAAUACCACGCUGGAGGCUCCUUGCCCUGAUGUCUUUUGGUUCCCCCUCUUCAAAGAACGUUACGCAAAGGAAAUGAUCGAAACUUUCGAGCACAUCGGCACAUGGUCGGAUGGAAGCCACAAUGAUCCUCGACUUGAGGGAGGCUACGAGUCUGUGCCAACCAUCGACAUCCACAUGAAGCAAGUCGGCAUGGAGGAGCAGUGGCUCGAGAUACUGAGGGUGUAUGUCCAACCCAUCCAGCUCAAAGUCUUCGAGGGUUACUUCAACGAUGUAGGACCCCCUCGUGCCAUUAUGAGCUUCAUGGUGAGGUACAAGCCGGAUGAACAGCCUUUCCUCAAACCACAUCAUGACACUUCGACAUAUACUAUCAAUGUUGCGUUGAACAGACCUGGCAUUGAUUUCAAGGGAGGCGGAUGCCGAUUUGUACGAUACAACUGCUCUGUGACAGACACUAGAGUGGGCUGGGUGUUGAUGCACCCUGGAAGACUAACUCACUUGCACGAGGGUCUUUACGUCACGGAAGGAACCAGAUACAUCAUCGUGACGUUCAUCGAUCCCUAGAUUCUUCAGAAACUCUCGCACGAUUUCUGGAGAAUACAAUUUCCAUAUCUGGAUGCUUUGCAGAUCACUUUGUAAUAGGAGGGUUUGUUAUUUCAGAUGUAUAAGACAUUAUUCUUUCAAUUUAUACAUUUUUUUUUUUUAGUUAAUGAUUAUUUCCUACUAAAUGUGAUUCUAACUGUGUGUAUGUUGCAAUGCUUGAUGUGAUAUGAUUUAUUAUAAAUUUUAUUGUUUUGUAUAUAUAAAUAAACUUUAUAGUUGAA